UUGUAUUAUAAUGUAUUAUAACUAUGGAAUUUGUGGAUAUUAUAUGUAAUAACAUAAUUAUAUAUUAUUAUAUUUUGUGUUACAAUGUAAUAUCAACUAUUAUAAUUGCUAUAUUAAUUAUGUAUAAUGAUAGAUUAUAUUGCAAUAUAGUGUAAUGUAAUGGUAUAUUAAUUCUAUUCUGGUCUCCAAUAUACUCUCUACCUUUGUAAUUUUGCUCAGUGCCAGAGGGACUGAUCAAAGACUGAGUGAGCUGAGCUGCAGCCCGGGCAGGGGGGGAUUUUUUUCCUGAGUUUGUCUCUCUUUUAAAGCGGCAAGAAAUUUCAUUGUUUAAUAUUGUUUAGGUUUUCUUGUUUAAUAAACAGUUUUUUCCACUUUUCUCCAGGGAAGUAUUUUUCCCCGAACCGGUUGCGGGGAGGGGCCAGUUGAAUCUGCCUUCUAGAGGAACCCCUUUGGGGAUUCUCUCCCAAAUUUACCUUGAACCAGGACACAUCUGCACCAGAAAUACCACCACCUGUCCCCAAACCUGCACUGAAGGCUGCCAGUGCCACCAUGGUCCGGUCUUUGACAGACACAGAUGCGUUCCCAAGGAUUACUGUGGAUGCUUUAGGGUUGGGGAAUACUAUAAGCCCCAUGAGAUGCUUUUCCAGGAUCACUGCCAGCGUCAUUGCACCUGUGUCCCUGGCCAGGGCCUUGCCUGCCAUGACCAUGCUUGCACUGAGGAUAAAUCCUGUGAAAUCCAGGAAAAGGUCUUGGGAUGCAUCAAAAAAGACCCCUGCAAGUCCCUGCACUGCAGCCCCAAGGAGCGCUGCUGGCCCCACGGUGCCCAAUCCCACUGUGUCCCAGCCCUGGGUGCCACAUGCUGGGCAUGGAGUGACCCACACUUCCACACCUUCAACAGCCUUGACUUUGACUUACAAGGAACCUGCACCUACAUCAUGGCCGAAUCCCAUGGGAACGACCCUGGGCUGUUGCCCUUCAGGGUCCAGGCCAAGAAUGACAUCCGUGGUGGGAUCCAAUCUGUGUCCUAUAUCUCCUUGGUCAAUGUUGACAUCUAUGGACAACACAUCUCCUUCCACCGGAAUGAAGAUGGCAGAGUCUGGGGUGAACAGGGAGGUGAUGCUGCUCCCAGUGCUCCUGGCAGAUGGGAAGGUGCGGGUCCGUCCCACUGGGCUUCGUGUUGUUCUGGAUACAGAUUUUGGUCUCCGGGUCUCCUACUACUGGAACUGGCACCCCCGAUCAACCUCCCCAGCAGCUACUUCUGCCAAGUCCGUGGCCUCUGCAGGAAUUUCAACCUCAAGCCCCUUGAUGAUAUCCCCGAGGCUGGUGUAUCACUGCAAUUAUCACAUGGGCCAAAUCUGGAAAAGUGCUGACUCUGAGGUUAAUCACUGGAUUUGUUGGGGUUAUUGUGAUGGACCAUGCCCAGUGUGUGAUGAGGAGAAGAAGGAGCUUUAUGGUGGGAACCACUAUUGUGGGAUCAUCAAAAAAUCCUUCCAGGGCCCCUUCAGAGCAUAGUGAAGCCUCAUGACUUCUAUCACAACUGCCUGUCUGACCAGUGUCUGAACAAUGGGGCAAGGUCGAUCCUCUGCCAGGUGCUGAAGACUUAUGCAGCAACGUAUCGGAAGCAUGGGACCAUGUUCUAGAAGGAGUUUGCUAGAAUGCUUCCCUGCCAGCAGAGUGUUUUGUGCGUGAAGUAGAGGACGAUUCACCUCCGUGAGGAUGUAAGUGCGACAGGUUACAGAAGGAGAAGAACAAAGAGCAGAGCACGGGGCUAACACAGAGUGUAGUGUACCAAAUUGGAAAAGUCCAGCAACAGCUCAUUCACAGAGUCAGCUAAGAACGCUCUCGCUGCUUGAAAAAUAAAGUAUUUUUAGUGGAAUUCAUCACACGACUUGGAGAUUAGGUAUUUUUUAAAUUCUUAGUGUAGCUGAGUCUCUGAUCACCCAGUCCUUAGAUUACCCAAAAAGCCAUGCCAAAACAGAAAGCGUUUUUGAAACACCCCUUCUUCGAGCAGUCAUGGAACUGAGCACAAAAUAGUGCAUUUUUGUACCUUCCUUCUCAGAUAGACAUUCCCUCAUAUUUCCCACUCUCGCAGCUCUGUUGCCAGUUUUCAUAGACAAAAGCUCUAGAAGUAAAAGCAAGUGCAGAGCUGCAUCACCCACUUGCCACGCGUAAACUGCAUUGAACUCACAGACGGAGGUUAUUCAUACCCUUCUCCAUUGAAUCUAUAUUGUUUUGCCUUGGUCUCAUUGCGUAAAGUAAGUGCAAUUGUUCCCACAGAGGUCUGGAAGAAGACCAGGUAGCAGCACAAGUAGCUCUUGGUGAAUUGCCUCCUUACUUCUGCCAAUGUGCAUUUGGAAGCCACGCUCCUCUGGCAGCCAGCCCACUGUGCCCAACAGCCCCAUGCUCUGCUCUUCUUUCUAUAUCUUUUGAGACCCGUGGCUCUUUAAUUCUCCCGGAGGCAAACUGUCUACUUUAAGCACAGAGCACUGUGCUGGCAGCAGAGAGCUCCUACAUACUGCUUCUGCUGAAGCUUGCCUGUAGCUUUCCUCUAAAAUUUGUGGAAAAUUCUAUUGGCACCACAUUCAGUUGGCAGUACUCUUUCCUUUUCCAUCUGUAACUCACUGACAGAUGGCCGCUUCUCUGCUCAAUGUACUACCACACAAAAUUCAGCUUCACAGGACUAAAGAUCCAGAGAGACAUGGCUGUGCUUCUGUUCUGUCCGGAUCACAUAAGGUGAAGAAAGAAGCAUUAAUGUGCGAGCAGUCACUGGUGCCGUUCCAUUUGGAUGCUCACUCAGUGAAACUGAAGGCUUAG